GAGUCAUUUUCCUCCAUCAUUUUGGAGAGUGCUUGUGCGGGCCGCGCUUCUUUCGCCGGGAUCAAGCAAAAAUAAAACAUCCAGCAAAAAUCCGCUUCUAGUUCGGUAGUUAUUAUCAUUUUCCUCACGAUUGGCACAUAAUCCGGUUCGGAAUCGUCCAGCUUCCAUUGGUAUCGAGUGACAAAAAGCCAAAAUGCUGCCGCGCAAUAAAAUCUUCGUUGGCAGCUUGCCUCCGGCCACGAAACCGGAAGAGAUCCGGCGCCUUUUCGAGACCUACGGUGUCGUGACGGAGUGCGACGUGAUGAAUCGGUGCGCUUUCGUGCACAUGCAAACCCCGGAUAUGGUGGAUAAUGCGAUCCAAGCGCUGCACAACAGCAACUUCAAGGGAGUGACCAUAAAUGUGGAACGCGGCAGGACCAAGGAGCGUGCGCCGGGUAGCGGAGGAGAAGGAAGGGAAUCUGGCGGCCGUGGUGGAUUCCGCGGCGGUAGGGGAGGCUUCAACCAGCAAAGCAGACCGAGCUACGAUGAUGGCGAUCGUUCGGGAGGUCCGAUGAGAAACAACCGGGGCAAUAUGCGCAAUCAGCCUUACGGUUCCGGAGGUGGAGCCGGUAGAGGAGGCAGCUUUGACGGUCAGAACCAGGGAGGCGGUGGCGGAGGCGGAGGUGGUUUCCGUGGUGGUCGCGGUGGCGGUCGUGGAGACUUCAGUGACCGUGGAAGUGGCGGAAGGGGAGGAGGCUCUGGCGGUAGUCGCUUCUCCGGAGGACAACAAAGUGAGGAUCGACGUGGGUUUGCGCUGCCCAAUGAGAGCGCAGAUAAAUUUAGCGGUGCUCGUUCCGGCGGGCUCGCUAUGAGUUCCUUCAAGGAUCCGUUCGUACGCAGAAGCAUAGGGGAUACUCCGGCUGGACCAUCAGCACCCUACGUCAACCGAGGAAUUUACAGCCAAGGCAACACUGCAGUGGUAGCUCAAGCAACAGCCAAUUAUAACCAGGCCUUUCCUCCUCUGGGAAGCGACGCGUCUCGCAAUGUAACACGUGGCCCGCCACCGCCGCAACCGCAGCAACAGCAACAACGAUGGAUGCAGUAAGCGCAACCAACCGCUCCCACCUCACAAGCACACACACAUCUAAGCCCCCCACGAAUCCGCUGUGUGCCUGUACUCCUUCCGGAAUGAGGAAUCUAUACAAAGUCAAGAAGAGCGCCACCAUUCAUCCGAGAACGAAGUUUGCUCGCUGCUGUUUCCUUUCAGCUCGAACCCACUGAUGCAUAUUACCUAUGUAGCUAUUAUUACACUUACAUUUAGUUAUCACUGUUUCCGUUCUGCCGUCCGGCUGUUCAACUUCCGUUGUGGUCGACCCAUCUUCUAAUGUCACACCUCCAAGAACUAAGAGCCUGUCUUGGCUGAUGGUGCAUAAAACGACAAACAACUUAUUACUAGUACAUUUCUGGCUAAAGUAGACAUUUCGUAGCUUUAAGUUUGAGCAUUACCGAUGCUUAGCAUAGAUUUUUUUCGUUUUAAUAAAGAUGAUAUAAAGUAUUCGAGAAAUACAGAAAAUCGCCAGGCCCUUCUGCUCCUGCAUCAUACUAAACCCACUACACAGUUGGUUUGAUGGAAGCGAGAUCGUAGCUUUUUAGCAAGUGUGUCAAAUCAACAGAAUACCGUUUACUUAUAAAAGAACAGAACUAUUUAAAUAUAAUCGAUUUAACUCUCUA